UUUUGCUCAAUCCUAGUGAUUGAUAGUUUCUUCUGUCAAAGGCCAGAAUAUAAAAAAGAAAAAAAAAAAAGAGAUUCAACAGAAUUGUAUUUUAUUUUGUCUGGAAUGCAAUUAUUAAUUUGAGUCCUAGAAAAUACAACUCCUUAAGUAUAGUGUACCAGCACGGAAUAAAAAUUUAACCAUUUGUAGCAUGUCGCUAACGUCUCACACAGCAGUUCCAUUAGUUCAGAAAACUCAGGUUUUCAAAAAUGAUUCUGUUGCGGUAUCGUCUACUAAACAAAAUCCGGCACGUGGUGAGGUAGCACUUACACCAACUCAUAACUCUUUGACACCACAUACUUCAAAUCCACACAGUUCUAUGACUGCUGUUACGCCCUUAGCCAGUGGAUCAAAUCAAGCAAAAAAUAGUAUCAAGUUUCAAAAUUGUGUCUCUUCUGUCAGCCUUGGAUGUGAGUUGAAGCUAUUAGAUAUAUACUGCAGAACACGAUUUUCGGAAUAUAACCCUGCUAGAUUUCGAGGCGUUGUAAUGAGAAUAUUAGAACCUCGUGUUACUGCUUUAGUCUUUAGGUCUGGAAAAAUUGUUUGUACUGGAGCAAAAACUGAACAUGAUUCUUAUAUAGCAGCAAGAAAAUUUGCUAGAAUAAUUCAAAGGCUAGGUUUCCCUGCAAAAUUUUUAGAUUUUAAGAUCCAGAAUUUUAUUGCAUCUGCUGAUUUACGAUUUCCGGUUAGAUUAGAAGCACUUCAACAGGCUCAUGGCCAAUUCACAUCUUAUGAGCCAGAAUUAUUUCCUGGUUUAGUUUAUAGAAUGGUUAGACCAAGAGUAGUUCUACUAAUAUUUGUUAAUGGGAAAAUUGUUUUGACAGGUGGGAAAACAAGGAACGAAGUCUAUGAAGCAUUGGACAUAAUAUACCCUAUUCUAAGAAGUUAUAGGAAAAGUUAAGUUUAUUUCGAUUUUAAUUAUCUCCAGUUGGAGAUGUACAAAUCGUUAAAUUUUGCAGUUUACAAGUUUUUAUUAUGUUGACAUAAUAGUUCGUGAGAUAUGCUGGAACAUUAAACAAUUUAAGAAAUGGUCGAAAUAAUCAAUUUUGUAAUAUUAGAGUUGAUAAUUUAAUAAUAUAUGCGUAUAGAUAAGUUUUUAUAAUGAUGAUUUAUAUACUAUUUUAUAUUAAUAUAAAAUGCAAUCAAUAAAAAUCUUGUGUUACUAAGUACUUAUUUAUUAAUAAAAAAAACUAAAGUACAAAAUUAGGCAAUUAUGAAUUAGUCAUUUUUUUUUACUUAAUCUUAUAUUAGUCUUGCGAUGCUUAGUUCGAAAUAAUAAUCAUAUAAAAUACAAUACCAUAAUUAAAACAUGUUUGUAAUAAACGGCAACUCUCGUCCUCUGAAAGCAGUCGUAGUCGGACGAGAACUAAGUACUAUUAUAUAUAAGAGUAAACUGACACAGCAGCAUAUUAGGAUACUAUAAAAUGGGUAUCAUUAUAUUUUUUAAACUCUACUUCCAAUACGUAAAAUAAUAAUUUAUUUGCGAUUUUUUAAGAAUAACCAAAAGCUGACGUGCUGAUUGAGUAUUCAUAUGAAACACAUUUUUCCAUGUUAAAACUAGCUCGGCGAGUAAGUAGCUUCGAGACUUGGUUAAGAGGUACUUAAUUUUUGCUCGUCAAGAAAUUGUUCUGUGGUCGGUUGUAUGGCUUAUUUUGUGGUUUGCCCUACAUAUAUUUUUUCUAAGUAUGACAAAUGGCGGACACCAUGGUCGGAAGCAAGGGAAGCCCGUAAUAUAGGGUGAGACCAAAGAAUCGCCGUGUUAAUUUAUUACAUUUUCGCUUCAUUAACUUAACAGAUUGAUUCCAAGUUUUUUUCUAAUCGUGCUCCAAGUUAAAUUUAUCUAACGACUAUUUUAAAGUGUGAUUUAUGAUAUGUAGUACAAUACAAGUAGGUAUUUAUUUCAUAAUAGGGUAGUUUCGGUAGUGAAUAAGUCACGAAAAUGCUCAAAAAACAAAAAAUUACAUCAGAAUAAACACAGAGAUUCUGAUUUCAAGUCUUAAAAUAGCACGAUUAUCUUAAAAUUAAGUGCGAUUUUUUGUCUGUGUGUCAAAAGACUUGAAACACGAUCCGCCAUUUUGUGACGUCACUGUGGCGACAGAUUAGUCAUAAAGAUAAGCCUAUUAGUUAUAAAUCAAAUUCCUAGAUGGCGCUGUUCUUAGCUUAUUUAUAUCUUUUUAUUUCGUAAUCAAUCGUUAGAUGACAAUGUUCUUAUAUUGUUGACAGCUUUUAAUCUUCUUCUCUAUGCAUCUGUUCUGUGUACAUGUCAGAAUGACGUCAUGAAUAUGACGGACAGCGUUUUCGCGGGUAUAAAAAGUUUAAAUUUUGAUUUAAUUUUAAGGCAAGAAGCCUUAAAAAUCAAAUACGUAUUUAUUUUCGAGAUAUUUGUUUUACGGCUUUUUAUAUAAAAAUAGACAGUUACAAGAAUUAUUCCAAAUAGUGUAGAAUACCCUAUUCUAGAGAAAAGUACAAUUCACAAAUAUGAAACUUUAGGGCGCGCCAUAUACUGAAAUAAUCAAAUAACUGCAACAUUUUGUACUUGCUAGCUAAAAUAAAUUGAAUAUUUUGGCUUAAACAUCUAUACACUGGAUUUCAAAUUGUGAUAGAAUCCUUACAUAUUAAGCGUAAACGUUACUAUACACUGAUGACACUGCGCAAUGAUGAUACUAUAAAACUUAUUAAUCAUUUUAGUACAAGUUUCCAUGACCGCACUUUGAUAUUACAAGAAAAAAAAUCAUUUCCAGCAUCUUAAGAGCCGUAUGCGGUCAAAAUUUAUAGAAUUUUUCAUCUGCUGUUAAGAAAGAAAAUACUUAUAAGAUCGCCCACGGCAAAUACGAUCAGGAUCAUACAUAUUCGCAACACCGUCAGAACGUAGCCGACGUCUACGACUAAGUGAGACCGCACAAGGUACAUCAUGGCAUAAUUAUCUACUGAUUUAAACUCAUGCGCUGCGUCGCCAAUGCAGAGUGACCGAAACUGUAAAUUAUCUUAAAUCUAGUAAAAUUUAAGUUAGCUUAAUCGAUUUCAUUUUUGUUAUUGAUAUUCCUAAUUAAAUGAGUUGUCGAUUCAAAAUUAAAGUAACUACCUAGUUAAGUUUUUUUAUCAUUCAGAUAGAAAGUACCUUUGUCUAUGUAAAAUAUAUCACAUCUUUUGAAACAUCGUCUGGACAUUAAGGUGAAGUGUAGACAGUAAGAUGAUAAGCUCGAGAUCCAUGAUUUAAUCCCAUCAUUUUGAUUACCAUAUAAAAUUAAUUAAAAAAAAAUGAAGUCUGUCCGGUUACGUUAUUA